UUCGCCAUGGUCGUCCCUGCUGUUUGCUGCCGCUGCGGCUCCGAUUCCGAACCAUACGCCCUUCCCUUUUGCGUUGGAGGCGCGUCGUACGAAUUUCACUGUUUCUGCUGUGCCAAAACUCCGCCACGACAGUGCAUCCAUUGCAACGCGCCCGGCGAUCUCAAGGGCCUCCGGAAUCUGAACGAAAAGCACGCCAAGUGCUGCAAGGGGGAGGACAAUCUUCACGUCUUCGUUUUCACCCAGCCAUGGCCGCCGUUUCCCGAGAAGAUUUCGGAGUCGGAGCAGGAGGAACACUGCGCCAGGACUACUCCUGUCAAAAGAAAGGCCAGGGAGCCACUACAGGUUACCGAAAUGGAAGUGCUGAUCCCGAAUCCCGGUACUUUUGCCGAUGAAGAGGAGCCUCCACUGCCACCCGAAAUAGAACCACACAUGCCAAAUCCCAUGACUCUGGACAAAGUGGAGCAGGAAUCCCAGGAGCCGCCCCCCCAACCCGAAGCCGCCUUGGAACUGGUGAUCUCGAGCCCCAGAACCCUGAGCGUAAGCGAUUUCGAUGUCCAGGAAACGAUAACUGCCGUCGCGGUGACUGAGGAGAAGGACAUAAAGCCCUCGGAGAAGGAGGAGCAAAUGUGGUAUACACCCAGCGAGAUCCUCCGUUGGCAGCAGUGUCCGCGCUGCGAGAAAGUGCGCGUCACAAAUCGCGGAUGGAUAACACACGCCCAGAAAUGCGGCCAGAACCUGAAGUACAACAAGCCAACGUUCCACAUUUACUGCCACACGAAGGGAUGGUGCGACUAUCUGAUCAGGGACAGUCUGUGGGAGCAGCACAGCGAUCCCAACUCCGGAACCUGCGACGUCUGCAGUGCCAUGCGUCGUGAGAGAAGACCUGUGCCCUUCAUGCCCAAGGCGCCGGACCGUGUAAACGAGGACUACAUGGCCAAGAAGAGACGCCAAAACUUUCGCUUAAAUACGAAGCGCAUGGCGCUUCUGUCCAAACGGAACCCACCUCGCCAAGUAAGGGCACCGCCAAUAUCUCUUGAAUAGGAAGCGCAAGGAACUUCAGUUCAUGCAAGUAUGGAUCGUGUUUGUUAAGUUUUUACUUGCUCUUCAGUAUUGUUCGA